AUAGGUCCCACACGCGCAGUGGCUGUUGAAGAGUUGUAAUGUGGGGGAUUUCAGCCCUGCUCCUCGUCGCGUCGUGCGAAUUGCUUGACAAAUGAAGAGACGCACUUUAAAAUAAUGAAAACAAAGUUAUUAUACGGAUGCGACAGCAAAGCGGACACUUAGCUCUUUCUCAAUUAGCUUCGCCAAAAUAUUUUUGCACGUAUACGCUACUGAAGAAGCCAUGGAACCGAUAACGAAGUGGACGCCAAAGCAAGUUGUAGAAUGGAUGAAAGGUUUGGAUGAAAGCUUGCAGCAGUACGUGAGCAACUUUGAGCGGGAGAAAAUCAGUGGAGAACAGUUACUGAAGAUCACGCAUCAAGACUUGGAGGAGCUCGGUGUGGCAAGAAUUGGACACCAGGAGCUGGUGCUGGAAGCUGUUGAUCUGCUAUGCGCUCUGAACUAUGGUGUGGAGACAGACAACUUGAAGGACCUAGUGGUGAGGAUGAGAGCAGCCACCAACAGUCUCCACAUGGCCACAUCUGAUCGUAGGAAGAGCCCGGUGUAUGAUGAGAGUGCCUCACGAAAGCCACCUAAUGACUUUCUCACAUGUGUGGUGGAGCUCAUUGGUGCUGCGAAGAGCCUCCUGGCUUGGCUUGACCGGACACCUCUCACAGGGAUCAGUGACUUCACAGCCACCAAGAACAAGAUCAUUCAUCUCUGCCUGGAGCUCACCACCACAGUUCAACAGGACUGCUGUGUUUAUGAGAUGGAAGAAAAAAUCCUAGAAGUAUCCAAGAUUUUGAACAACAUCUGUGAUCAGACUGUGAGAACCACCUCUGACCCUCUGAUGAGCCAGUCUGCUUGCUUGGAGGAAGUCCAGUUGACCAAUAUCAAACCGGGCGAAGGACUGGGGAUGUAUAUUAAGUCGACAUACGAUGGCUUACAUGUCAUUACUGGAACCACAGAACAUUCCCCUGCUGACCUGACCAGGAAGAUCCACGCUGGUGAUGAAGUGAUUCAGGUCAAUCAACAGACAGUGGUGGGUUGGCAGCUGAAAAACCUGGUCAUGAAACUAAGGGAGGAUCCCAAAGGUGUGUUCCUCCUCUUAAAGAAGCGACCCACAGGAACAACGGGUUUUACCCCCGCCCCUCUCAAGAAUAUGCGCUGGAAGCCUCCUGUACCUCAGAACAAUUCCUGUAUGAUCCGAGCCCAGUCCCCCUGCAGUACAGCUAACGGAUCAACCAAAAAGGAGAAACCAGCGUUCCUUGAUUUUUACAUCCCUCCUCCCCCUCAAAUGCCGUACACGCCAAGAGAGGGAAGAACAGACGCCUUCUCUAGCUUUAGUAAAAGGCCAAAAGGCUCGGAGUCGCCCAACUCCUUCCUGGACCAGGAGAGUAGGAAACGCUGCACCAUUGCAGAUUAUGACAAACUAAGUGUCGGCUAUCCAAUCGAUGCCAAUGUCAUCCAGCCCAGAAUGAGGGAGCACAAGACUUCUCGUGGUAAGCCCCGGCCACUCUCCAUGCCUGUGGAUACUUGUGUUGCAAUUGUAGAUCCCUUUGCUAAGCCAUGGGCACAGAACAGGAAAGGUGAGGACCUCAUGUUUAGAUACCUGAGCAAUGAGAGGAUCCCCACCAUCGCCGAGGAAGUGGCGUCAGCGUCUCCGUCCACCUACAUGCCGACCGGGGAGCGUCGGCUAGUCAGAUUGGACCAUAUCCGAGGCAGUCGCUACUACUCAAACUCCGACCUCCACAACAGCGCCACCAUCCCCUACCAGGAGGAUGUCAAGAAAGCGCCAGUAGCUGCGGUCUCCAAGCGCACAACGGCCGAACAUUCGCUACUGGUCAGUUGGAUCACGAGACUUAAACUGUUGACUCAAUGAUGAUCCGCUUCCUAUUUGGGCUUCCUGUUCCUGUUUCCUCACUUGGUGCCUUUGAUUUUUAAAGUCCGGCUGUUUUUUUGCCGGCAGCUUGUGGCGCUCUUGCACUCUCUUGCCAACUCUGUUUCCCUGGUUUUGACUACUAGUACCAACUACUACUCAUCCACCCACUCUGCAUUUGUCGUACCAGGGUCCGACAUAAAGCCUUUCUUCUUGGUGACCCGAUGAGCCAGUUUGUGGUGGCCCUGUCAGAAGCGGUACUGGGCCUGUAUAGUCAUGAUAUAAUACAUUAGUUUUCGUCAC